CGUAGUCCGCGGAGGGAUCCCAGCUAGUCAGAACCAUGGUCAGAACGCAGAGGCAGUGAACAGCAGAGGUCUACCGCUCAGCUGCCAGCAGACACUGAACAGUGAAGACGCUUUGCGGGGAACAUUUGUGAAAGUAAAUGUUAACUUUCGGAUAGUACCGUUUGCUAGACUGUCUAGCGUAUCGGGGGCUAGCUUUCAGUUUAUUUACUGGUGUUCUGCGGUGGAAAUAGGAAAAUGUCGUCUCCAAGUCCGGGUAAAAGGCGAAUGGAUACCGAUGUGGUGAAACUCAUCGAGAGCAAGCAUGAAGUCACCAUCCUCAGUGGACUCAAUGAAUUUGUAGUGAAGUUUUUCGGACAACAAGGAACUCCGUACGAGGGAGGCGUAUGGAAGGUGCGAGUAGAUCUUCCUGACAAAUAUCCUUUCAAAUCGCCAUCAAUAGGAUUCAUGAACAAGAUUUUUCAUCCCAACAUUGACGAAGCGUCAGGGACAGUGUGCUUAGAUGUCAUCAAUCAGACAUGGACGGCCCUUUAUGAUUUGACCAACAUCUUUGAGUCGUUCCUGCCUCAGCUGCUGGCCUACCCCAACCCCAUCGACCCUCUGAACGGAGACGCAGCUGCCAUGUACCUCCACCGGCCUGAGGACUACAAGCAGAAAAUCAAAGAGUACAUCCAGAAAUAUGCAACAGAGGAGGCUCUGAAGGAGCAGGAGGAGGGGGCCGGCGACUCUUCAUCUGAAAGCUCCAUGUCUGACUUCUCAGAGGACGAGGCCCAGGACAUGGAGUUGUAGUGAUGGGAGGCCCGCCUCCACCUUUAACCCCCACAGAGACUAUAUUUGAUUUCCUAACCAUGAGAAAGCAGACUUAUAAUAUUCACAUUUAAACAAGUUGAUUUUUUAUUAUUAUUAUUACUAAACAAGGAUUUUUAUGGAUAUUUAGCCUUUGGUGUGUUUGACAGACACCCCUCCCGUUCUGUAGCUAUUCUCCCUUCAUCGCUUUCAUACUCUCUCCCCACCAUCUCUGCAUUUUUAAGGUGUGUCAUGUAAGCAUAGGCAGGAAAUCUCCCCGCGAGCGUCUUAUUUAUUUACUCAAAUUUCACUUUUUUAAAUAUAAAAGUCUAUUUGUUGAUGAGCUGGAUCCUAAUUUUCUUUCCUAAAUGAUUCUGACAAACAUUUAGUUAGUUGCUCCGCUGCAGAGCUGCUAAGGUCUAGCUUGCCUCGAUGCACAGCUCUGCAAUAUUAUCCUAAGGUGCAGACGGUUGUAGAGGCACACAAACCCACACAAGGUGUCAUAGCACAUCUUAUUUAAAAAUAUUAAAAAAUGUGGUGCCAAUAGAUGCUCAUAACUCCCCCAAUGCUUUCUGAGCAUAUAUUUUUAUACAAAUUGAAAAAAUUCUCGUUUAGUUCAAAUAAUACAUUGGCAUGUUACUUGAAGUCUUUGUUGCUCUCUGACCUGAUUAUUGCUAAAUGAGGUCAGGUCAACGUAUUAAUAAAACACAUGACUCGUUACAAGGGGAGUGACAACUCAACGUUACUGUAUCACCACGGUAACAAUGUAAUAACUGGUCUUGAACUGGUUUAAAACAGAGCCACCCUUUAACCCUCUGAGUUUAAAUGUUUUCGUUACACCACCAGACGUCUGCUUUCAAUCACCUUUUUAAAACGCAUUUCUAUUCAUAUCAUCGGUCAGAAACAACUCUUCAGGUAGAGAAAGAAUGUAAUCAUCACCUAUUCUGGUGAAUUUAGAAAACCAGCACCUAAGUCAGUUUUAUUUUAGAUGAAAAGCAACAAAAAUAUAGAGAAUUGAGUUUGUGAAGUAUGGGUCCUCCUCACAUUCCACUGUUCUCUGACGUUUCCUCCAUGACCUUCAUUCAGGUCUGACCUCUAUGCUUGCCAUCCAGGAUUCAAAUUUUGAUCAUUAGUUUGAAGAUUCCAAAAUAAGAGCCCAAUGUGUGACAUUUAGGCUUGUAGCCAUUUUCGUAGAGGGGAUCUCAUUUCAUCUGUACAGACUGGACUUCUUAUCUGAAAAAAACAAACUUUGGUUUUAUUCUGUUCUGAUUCAAUGUGGCUGGAUUAGAUGUAAACCCAUCAAGUGUUGAAAGAAAUUGCUGUUUUUUGUGUUUUAUUCCCUGUAUUAUUAUUUUUUGUGUACAGCAACUACCUUGUACAGCGAUAAUCCACCUCUCUGUAGUCUCAUGAAAACUCAGUGUUGAACAGGAAACACUGAGCGAGUGUUUGUGGAGGCUGACAGUCAGACUACCUAGAAACCUUGACAUGUAUUCACUUCAUAGAUGGCAGUAAGAAUCACUGGCUGCUUUGUUGCGGAUCCUACGUGGGAGAUUGGAGGCUAACUUAAAAGGUCACCGAAUCGCUUCUAAACUCAACUCCUUUUCCUGUGCCUCAUCACAUAAGGACAGGUUUCCAAAAAGUAACUGAAAAGCACACUCAUUACUUUCAUUCUCCUCUUUCUGCAACGUGAUCCUGGGAAGGUGUGAUCAGUUGGAAAUACCCUGUGUGGAGGCGCAUUUGAGCUAAUGUGGGAUCUAUGGCUCUGGUUUGAAAUAGAGUUUGGUUCUUUCUUGUAUAUUGAUUAGCAUUUUCACCAGGGACAUACUGGAGAGAUGGAAGUCAUACUAAUAUUUGCUGAAGUGUGCUUUAGACCGGAUAGUUAGUUUCACUACUUCAAACAACAUGUACUAUAUGGCUGUAUUACAGAUAGUUAAUUAGUCUGCCAUACAUUCAUCUGAUCUUAGUUAGUGUCAGUUGUGAAAUGUAAAACUCCGUAGACAUGCCUGCUUGUCCUUUUCUUUUGGAUUCAGAGUUGUACAGAGUGAUUUCAAACCAGGAUGAUGUUGGACCUGUAGUGAGCCUGAUGGAUCUGAAUGUACAGAAAUGAAAAGUGGAUCAGAGAACUUUACAAAACAUAGGCAUUCUUAAAAAAAACUGAGUUUCUCCCAUCAGCCCGGGGGGGGGGGGUUGAAUGCUAGCUGGGGGUUAGCGUCCAGCAGGAUGCAGACGUUUUAACUGUCGCUACCUUGUGUGGUGCUCAGCAGGCAGUGAGGAGAUAUGUGAAUGUUUUCAUGUGUUCAAAAUGUUUGUGAUCCACUGAAACAGAACCAAUCUGCGCACUAAGCAGAUCCCCCACUCUCCCUUCGCUGCCUACAGAUGUUUAUUUAUUCAUUAACUCCUUCUUUUUUUUUUUAAUCUUGCCCAUCAGAGCCUCUGUUAUCAGUUAGGCUUCACCCUGAUGAGAACUUGAUGUUGAGUUUUUACUUUUAAGCCAUUCAUAUUGGACUUCUUGUUUUACUUUACAUUUGUGCAGUAUUGUACUUGAGUGCUGAAAAUACCGUAUAUCUGAGUUGAGAAUUGUAAUAAAAUAGCACAUAAUGAUGCAAUGGUGCAACAGGGGACUAAUGAUAUUAGUGUCUUUUUUUAAAGCAAGACUUUUGUGUUAUGCAUACAUUUGGUUUUCAGCAUUAUUUGCAUCUGCUGGGCAAUACAUUGAUGAUACACUCGGCUCUGGUAAACAGGACGACCUUCAGAUCGUUCUCUUUCCUGCUCUGUUAUUCAAGGUCGACAGAAAGACUGCCUUUGUGUUUCAGGUUGUCUUCAGCUAUAGAGAAAAUGUCCUGAAACAAGUGAAUGAUGAUGCUCCCCAUUGCAACUUGAAUUCUAAAUUGACAAAAAACAUGUUUACUGCGCUUUUUAUUGUUCCUUUUGGCUCCUCCCCCCCCCCCCCCCCUUUCUCGUCCUUACAAUAACAAAUGUCUUAAGUUUUUAACACAACCUCAAAAUUGUAAAUGCAAACCUGCUGAGAAGCUCCAUAGUCCCACACCCGUAUUCACAGCACACACAGCAUGGAACAUUACGGUUUUUUAUAAAACUAUGUAUUUGUUACCUAGUGUGAUACUUGAGGGUUAAAAGUCAAAAGGUUUUUUCUGUCUUUGUUCUGAAAAGUCCAUCCCUGGUCCUAUUUUUAUCACCCCCUUUGCCCCCCUCUUGUUUUUCUUUGCAUUGUGAAGUGGGCAUGCUUGUCAAAAAGACAAAUGCUCUCUAUUAAUAGGCUUAUAACCUCAUAAAUAGCUGUGUAUAAAAUAAACUGUUAUAACUUCUUUUUUAAUAAAACAUUCAAUGUGUAUAAAA